CGAGCGCGUACCGAGCGACAGUUUGCCCUCCGUACCACGGCGAGGAGGACGUGCGUUCUCGUCGCUCGUCCGUUCUCUUUCUCUCUAUUUCAUCCUCGCCUUUUAUACAUAUAUACUUUUUUUCGUCUCGCGUUUAUUCCUCACAAAUUGAGUCUCGAGUUUUUCUUAUCGAGUGCGUGAUCUUCUAGGCAAUACACGUAUAUACGUAUUUUCUCGUCGAAAAUUUCCGUGUUUUUUCGAAGUGUCAAAGUGAAAAAUUAUUGGGAGAAUAAAAUAGAGAAAAAAAGAGGAGAAAACAUAAAAUAAAGAAGACGAAGAGGGGAAAAAGAGGACGAAGAAGUAGAAGGAAAAAGGGGGAGAACAUCGUAGUGGGUAAUAGCAAGGAGGACACGCAACAAACGCACGCACGCACAUACGCGCGCAUCACAUAUUUAUAUAUAUAUAUAUAUAUAUAUAUACAUAUACAUACAUAUAUAUAUAUAUAUAUAUAUAUAUAUAUAUAUAUAUGCGUCUUCUUCGUGACUUUGAGAAGACGACGAAUAUCAUCUCGGUCGAAGAAGCUUUUAAAGUUUUAUUCGUCGCGCGACGAGGAAUGCUCGCGCGCGAAUACGAGCGAGCGUGCGUCUCGACUUCGAAAGAAAAAGUGAUUGAAGAAGAGAAGGAGGAGAAGGAGAAGGUGGUGGAGGAGAAAGAGGAGCAACAUCAGCAGGAACAACAGUUAGAGCAGCAUCAACAGUUACAAUUAGACUUGCAAUUACAGCUACAGUUACAAAAGCAUCAGCCGGUGAUAGAAAUUGUAGAUAGGCAGAAGUUAGGCGUCGCGACGCGAUGAUCACAUCGGCCGUCGGCGUCGCGACGCACGAUACCAUGGAGAGGAGGUGUGCCAUCCUCGCCAGAACGACGUCGACGACGACGACGACGACGACGACGACGACGACAACAGCAGGAGCAACGACGGCAACGACGACGAUGACGAUGACGACAGCAACGGCAACAACGAUGACUACGACGGCAACGCCGACGACGACGACGACGACGACGACGACGACGAUGACAACGACGAGGAGGAGGAUUGCAAGCACCGACGAAUCCUUUAUAUCUUCAUUUUCCUCGUGUUACGACGAUGAUAAUGAUCAACGAUUUCUUCGAGACGCUUCGAAGAUGACAGGUUAUGUGUACGAGAUCGUUAGUGAAACUCCAUUCGUGAAGGUGGAUAAUACUACUACUACUACUACUACUAUUACUACUACUACUACUACUACUAAUGCUAAUGCUAAUGCCAAUGCUAAUGCUAAUGCUAUUACUUCGAUUGGCUUGGAUGGGGAAAGUGACGUCAUCGAGCACAUCGCACCUGUCAUUCCGAAGAGUUCACGAAAGGAGGAAUCUCCCCAACGACAUCACCGAAGCGUUCGACCCUACUCAUCGAGGAUCGAGCGACCAGUGGUAAAACGAGGUCUGCAUACGUGGCUUGGACAAGCAUGCACCAAGAUUUAUGGACAAAGCAACAGCGGGAAGAAUGGAUUACGUUUGCUUUUAUUGGCCUGCCUGAUCGUAUUGAGUAACGCUGGAUUUUGUCCUAACGGUUGCACUUGCGACGACGAUACCUUGGUCGUAUCCUGCGUAGGCGCUAGCUUGGAAGUUAUACCGAUCGCUCUUAAUCCGAGCAUACAACGAUUGGUAUUGAAAGAGAAUCGAAUAAAGACCGUGGAGGCUGCUGUAUUUCAAUUUUACGGUGAUCUCAAGAACGUCGACCUGUCGAGCAAUCAUCUGUUCAACAUUCCAGACGGUAGCUUCGAGGCGCAAAAACAAGUGGUGGAGUUGCAUCUGAAGCACAACAAGAUCUCGGCGUUGACGGAGAAGACGUUUCAAGGGUUGAAGUCACUGACGGUACUGAAUUUGCGGGACAAUUAUUUAGAAAGUCUGAAGAACGGUCUCUUCGCGUCCCUACAAAAGUUGGAAGAACUCGAUCUCGGUCAAAAUCGAAUCUCGAAGGUUGAGCCCAAUGCCUUUCAGAAGCUCGGCACCCUGAGGGUCCUAUAUCUCGACGACAAUCAACUGAGAACGAUACCGUCGCCCGCUCUGGCGCCAUUGAAUGCCCUUGCCGAGCUUCACAUAGGUUGGAACGCAUUUUCGACGUUGCCGGACGAUGCUUUCAAAGGGCUCGAACAGCUGACCAUUUUGGACGUUAUGGGCGCCGGUUUGGACAAUAUCAGCGACGGUGCUUUCCGAGGUCUUAACGCUUUACGUACUUUGAAACUUGGCGGGAACAAGUUGCGCGAAGUACCGACAAAGCAGCUCGCGGUGCUACCACGGCUCGAGGAACUCACUCUUGGUCAAAACUCCUUUACCAUUUUGAGAUCGGGCGCCUUUCAGGGUCUCUCGAAACUCAAGAAGCUCGACAUCUCCGGCUCGAAGCUCUUGACCACCGUGGAACGCGGUGCCUUUUCGGACAAUGCCAACUUGGAGAGUCUCGUGUUGAACAGCAACAAGCGUUUAGUCACGAUGGAGGACGGCUCCUUGGCGGGAUUGCCGAAUCUGCGACACCUUAUGUUACGGGAUAACGCGUUCACGAGCUUUUCCGAGUCCCUCGUCGCUUGGAACGAGCUACGUAGAUUGGAUUUAAGCGAGAACCCGAUCGUAUGCGAUUGCAGUCUGAUGUGGUUGGCCGAGGUGCUCGUGCCGCGAAAUUCUAGUCCCGUGAUAUGUGCCGAGCCGGCAGAAUCCAAAGGGAAAUCGAUCAAGGGUAUGACGCCGGACGAGCUCGGUUGUGCCUUCUCGGAUCCUCGUAAACAGGCCCUCCUGGCGACUCUAUGCGCGGGUGGUCUCGCCCUUUUUACAGGCCUAGCCCUGAUACUCUAUUACAGAUGUCGAAGGCGCGUCAGGGACGCUUUGAAAGAUUACAAGUGGAAGAACCGCGGUAUAUCGAGGAAGGAACACGAAUACCAAAAGACCUUCUCCGAGGACGAGUACAUCGUCAGAUCGGCCCACGCUCAUCAUCAUCAUCAUCAUCAUCAAACGCAGAAUCAACCUAUACCGCCUCACCAUCAUCAUCAUCAUUUGCAACAGCAACAACAGCAGCAGCACCAAUUGCAGCAACAGCAACAGCAACAACAACAGCACGGGCAAAUGACGGUGGGGAUGAAGCCGAUACCCGUGACGGAACUGUAG